AUGGACAGUGCCAGAGGAGGGAGAGGAGGCAGAAGAGGAAGAGGGAGGAGGGGAAAUCGUGGUGGAGAGGACAGAGAUGUCUGCCUGUCUAAAUCCAUGUCUUAUGUGCUUCGCCAUGGAGCCAACCAGAUGGGUCUCAACUCCACAGAUGGCUUCCUGUUCGUGGAAGAACUCCUGACUCACCCGCAGUUCCGCUUGUACUCAGUGGAAGACAUUGAAAGAGUCGUGGCCACAAAUGACAAACAGCGUUUUAAGCUCCGUUCCCACCCAGAGGAUGGUCGGCUGCAGAUCCGAGCCAAUCAGGGUCAUUCAGUACAGGUUAUGAAUCUGGACCUAAAACCGGUCCUGGCUGGGUCUCCGGACUGCCCUGCCGAGGCUGUUCAUGGCUCCUACCUCCGCAACUGGAGCGCCAUCCAGCAGCAGGGCCUGAGCCGCAUGAAGAGGACACACAUCCACCUGGCAUCAGGCCUGCCAGGGGAGGAUGGCGUUAUCAGCGGCAUGAGGAAAGACUGUGACCUAGCUGUGUUUAUUGAUGUCCCCAGAGCCCUUGCUGAUGGCAUUAAGUUCUUCUGGUCAGAUAAUGGUGUGCUGCUGACUGCGGGUGACGCUGAGGGUAAACUUCUCCCUAAAUACUUCAGCCGAGCCCUACGACUGAGGCCUACAAGGAGCAUCUUGCCACUGCAGUAGCUGCACAGGAUAUGGUUCUGUCAGUGCUCAUAGCUGGACUCAUCUGACCAUGAGAGCAUCCCACGGUUGGUUGAUGCUUGUCCUUGUCACUUGGUACCGCUUGUUGUUUAGCAGCAUCCUCGUGCAGCUAUUUUGAUGAGCAGUAGGUGAAUCCGUUCAAAACUUGUAAACCCUGAAUUUGAAUUGCAUCUUUGAAAUGAACAUAAUGGGUAAGAGAAGCAUCCAUUUCUAUGAAGUGACAAUUCAACCAGAUUAUGCUGACAAAUGCUACGCUUUAUUUGUACAGGUCUUGUAUUCCUUAUCACAUUGUCUGUGUAACUCAACUAUGAUGCACAAAGAUAUUUUACCAGCAAGGCCUUUAAAUAAAGAACUAUUUGAAGGCAUCCAGAA